AUGUUGCUUCUUUUUCAGACCAAUACAAACUCCAGCUCAGAGGAGAAGAGAAUCCAUGCUCUGGACAAGUGGAGAUCUGGCAACGGUGGCUCCUGGGGGACAGUAUGUGCUGAUAACUGGAUAGAUGAUGCUAACGUGGUUUGUCAGCAGCUGAGCUGUGGAACUGCUCUAUAUGCCUCACACGGGGCUGAAUUUGGCCCAGGAAAUGGUCCCAUUUGGCUGGAUGAAGUACAGUGCACAGGGACAGAGUCCUCUCUGUGGGAUUGCCCUGCAAAGCCCUGGGGGGAGAGUGAUUGUGUUCAUGAGGAGGAUGCUGGUGUGAUAUGCUCAGGAUUUGUCAAGCUGGUUGCUGGGGAUGGACCCUGUACUGGGAGGGUAGAAGUCAAUUCUGGAAGAGAAUGGAACACAGUCUGUGAUUGGAAUUUUAGUCUUUCUACUGCCAAAGUCAUUUGUGCUGAGUUAGAGUGUGGGACUGCAGUCUCCAUCAUGAAAAGAGCUCACUUUGGAAGAGGAAAUGGACACAUCAUGGAUAAAGAAUUCCAAUGUAAUGGAAGUGAACCACUUCUCUCAUUGUGCCCCACAGUACCACUGCCACAGGGAAAAUGCAGUCACACUAUGGAUGUUGGAAUCAUUUGUUCAAGGUACACAGACUUUCGUCUGAUGAAUGGAAGAUCCCAAUGUGAAGGAAGAGUGGAGAUCCAAGUUUUGGGGACCUGGAGAGCUCUCUGUGACUCCCACUGGGACCUAGCUGAUGCCAACGUUCUCUGCUAUCAGCUCAACUGUGGUGUUGCCAUGAAGUUUCCAGAAGAUAUACAUUUUGGCAAUGGAAGUGUUCAGGUCAUAGGGGAUACAUUUUAUUGCUCAGCUGAACCUCAUUUAUGGAAUUGUUCGGUGACUAUCCUGGGACUUCUUCAUGUUCCCAAAGGAAAAGUUGCCUCUGUGGUCUGCUCAGGUCAGUAAGAAAAAAACUUGGAUAAUCUGAAGAAAACCUCUCUCUUUCCUUCUGGGAAAAUGGGCAAUUAAUCUGACUUUCUCCUUGUAGAAAAUGGACAGCUUCGUCUAUUGAAUGGAGGAGGUCCAUGCUCUGGCAGGGUAGAAGUCUACUACAAUGGCACCUGGGGGACCAUUUGUGAUGAUUCUUGGGACAUGAAUGAUGCCCAUGUGGUGUGCUGGCAACUGGGGCUGUGGAAGGCCCUCCAGGCUGUGGCCUCUGCUCACUUUGGCCCAGGGUCAGGGCCCAUCUGGCUGAAUGAGCUAAGCUGCUUUGAUGAGUCCCACCUGUGGCAGUGCCCAUCCCUCCACUGGGGUCAGCAUGACUGCAGGCACAAAGAGGAUGCAGGAGUUCUCUGCUCAGAAUCCUUAGAUCUCAGAUUGGUAAGUGAUGUCCAAGAGUGCACAGGGUGGCUGGAGGUUUUCUACAAUGGAACAUGGGGUAGUGUUUGCUCCAAUUCCAUGGACCCCAAUACUGUAUCAGUAAUCUGCAGACACCUGAGUUGUGGGGUCAGGGGACACAUUGAUACAUUGUCCAGGCCACAAGAAAGUUCUCAGGUCCGGUGGAUAGACAAAAUCAACUGCCAAGGUCAAGAAUCUUUCCUCUGGCAUUGCCCUUCUCAAUCUUGGGACCAGAAUUCUUGCCACAAGGGAGAGGAAGCCCACAUCACAUGUGCAGACAAGGACAAACUCCAACUAAGGGGAGGGGAGACACCAUGCUCUGGACGAGUGGAGAUUUGGCACAAUGGCUCCUGGGGGACAGUAUGUGAUGAUUCUUGGGACCUAGCAGAUGCUAACGUGGUUUGUCAACAGCUGGGCUGUGGCUCUGCUGUGGUUGCCCCAGCAUUGGCUGCAUUUGGACCAGGAAAUGGGACCAUUUGGCUGGAUGAUGUACUGUGCACAGGGAUUGAGUCCUCUCUGUGGGACUGCCCUGCAGAACCCUGGGGACGGAAUGACUGUAAGCAUGAGGAGGAUGCUGGAGUGAUGUGCUCAGGAUUUGUCAAGCUGGUUGCAGGGGAUGGACCCUGUACUGGGAGGGUAGAAGUCAAUCCUGGAAGAGAAUGGAGCACAGUCUGUGAUUGGAAUUUUAGUCUUUCUACUGCCAAAGUCAUAUGUGCUGAGUUAAAAUGUGGGACUGCAGUCUCCAUCAUGAAAAGAGCUCACUUUGGAAGAGGAAAUGGACACAUCUGGGAUCAAGAAUUCCGAUGUAAUGGAAGUGAACCACUUCUCUCAUUGUGCCCCACAGUACCCCUGACACAGGGAAAAUGCAGUCACAGCAUGGAUGUUGGAGUCAUUUGUUCAAGGUACACAGACUUUCGUCUGAUGAAUGGAAGAUCCCAAUGUGAAGGAAGAAUGGAGAUCCAAGUUUUGGGGACCUGGAGAACUCUCUGUGACUCCCACUGGGACCUGGCUGAUGCAAAUGUUCUCUGCCAUCAGCUCAAAUGUGGUGUUGCCAUGAAGCCUCCAAAAAAUGUACAUUUUGGCAAUGGAAAUGUCCAGGUCAUCGGGGAUACAUUUUAUUGCACAGGGACUGAACCUCAUUUAUGGAAUUGUUCUGUGACUGUCCUGGGGACUUCUCCCUGUUCUGAAGGAAAAGUUGCCUCUGUGGUCUGCUCAGGAAACCAGACCCAGUCCCGCACAUUCAACAAUGCACAGUCUGACCAGGAAAAGGCACCUGUCCUGUUCCCAGAACACGGACAGCUCCGUCUGUUGAAUGGAGGAGGUCCCUGCUCUGGCAGAGUAGAAGUCUACUACAAUGGCACCUGGGGGACCAUCUGUGAUGAUUCUUGGGACAUGAAUGAUGCCCACGUGGUGUGCAGGCAGCUGGGCUGUGGAGUGGCCCUCCAGGCCAUGGCCUCUGCUCACUUUAGACAAGGAUCAGGACCCAUCUGGCUGGAUGAGUUAAGCUGUUCUGGGAAUGAGUCCCACCUGUGGCAGUGCCCUUCCCUCCACUGGGGUCAGCAUGACUGCAGGCACAAAGAGGAUGCAGGAGUCCUCUGCUCAGAAUCCCUGGAUCUCAGGCUGGUGAGUGAAGUGCAAGAGUGCACAGGAUGGCUGGAGAUUUUCUACAAUGGAACAUGGGGAAGUGUUUGCUCCAACUCCAUGGACUCCAAUACUAUAUCAGUGAUCUGCAAUCACCUGAGUUGUGGGGCCAGUGGACAUAUUGAUACAUUUUCUAACUCCCGAGAAAGUUUGCAGGUCCGGUGGAUAGACAAAAUCAACUGCCAAGGUCAAGAAUCUUUGCUCUGGCAUUGUCCUUCUCAAUCUUGGGAUCAGAAUUCUUGCCACCAGGGAGAGGAAGCCCAUGUCACAUGUGCAGACAAGGACAAACUCCAACUCAGGGGAGGAGAGACACGAUGCUCUGGACGAGUGGAGAUCUGGCACAGUGGCACCUGGGGGACAAUAUGUGAUGACUUAUGGGACCUAGCAGAUGCUAAUGUGGUUUGUCAGCAACUGGGCUGUGGCUCUGCUCUGGUUGCCCUGGGAGGGGCUGCUUUUGGGUCUGGAAAUGGGACCAUCUGGCUGGAUGAUGUACACUGCACAGGGAUAGAGUCCUCCCUGUGGGACUGCCCUGCAAAGCCCUGGGGGCAGAAUGACUGUAAGCAUGAGGAGGAUGCUGGAGUAAAGUGCUCAGGAUUUGUCAAGCUGGUUGCAGGGGAUGGACCCUGUACUAGGAGGGUAGAAGUCAAUUCUGAAAGAGAAUGGAGCACAAUCUGUGAUUGGAAUUUUAGUCUUUUUACUGCCAAGGUCAUCUGUGCUGAGUUAAAGUGUGGGACUGCAGUCUCCAUCAUGAAAAGAGCUCAGUUUGGAAAAGGAAAUGGCUACAUCUGGGAUCAAGAAUUCCAAUGUAACGGAAGUGAACCACUUCUCUCAUUGUGCCCCACAGUACCCCUAACACGGGGACAAUGAAAUCACUGCAUGGACGUCAGAGUCAUUUGUUCAAGGUACACAGGCUUUCAUCUCAUGAAUGGAAGAUCCCAAUGUGAAGGAAGAGUGGAGAUCCAAGUUUUGGGGACCUGGAGAACUCUCUGUGACUCCCACUGGGACAUGGCAGAUGCCAACGUUCUCUGCCAUCAGCUCAACUGUGGUGUUGCCAAGAGGCCUCCAGAAGAUGUACAUUUUGGCAAUGGAAAUGUCCAGGUCAUCGGGGAUACAUUUUAUUGCACAGGGACUGAACCUCAUUUAUGGAAUUGUUCUGUGACUGUCCUGGAUUCUCCAUGUUCCAAAGGAAAAGUUGCCUCUGUGGUCUGCUCAGGAAACCAGACCCAGUCCCUCACAUUCACUAAUGCAGAGUCUUACCAGGAAAAGGUACCUGUCCUGUUCCCAGAACAUGGACAGCUCUGUCUGUUGAAUGGAGGAGGUCCCUGCUCUGACGGAGUAGAAGUCUAUUACAAUGGCACCUGGGGGACCAUCUGUGAUGAUUCUUGGGACAUGAAUGAUGCCCACGUGGUGUGCAGGCAGCUGGGCUGUGGGGUGGCCUUCGAAGCUAUGGCCUCUGCUCACUUUGGACAAGGGUCAGGGCCCAUCUGGUUGGAUGAUCUAAGCUGCUCUGGGAAUUAAUCCCACCUGUGGGAGUGCCCCUCCCUCUACUGGGGUCAACCUGACUGCAGGCACAAACAGGAUGCAGGAGUCCUCUGCUCAGAAUCCUUGGAUCUCAGGCUGGUGAGUCAUGACCAAGAGUGCACAGGGUGGCUGGAGGUUUUCUACAAUGGAACGUGGGGUAGUGUGUGCCACAACUCCAUGGACCCCAAUACUGUAUCAGUAAUCUGCAGACACCUGAGUUGUGGGACCAGGGGGCAUAUUGAUACAUUUUCUAGCCCCCAAGAAAGUUUGCAAGUCCGGUGGAUAGAUAAGAUCAACUGCCAAGGUCAAGAAUCUUUGCUCUGACAUUGUCCUUCUCAAUCCUGGGACCAGAAUUCUUGCCACCAAGGAAAGGAAGCCCAUAUUACAUGUGCAGGAAGGAAGGAUAUUGACUGCCCAACCUCCAGUCCCUGCACAGACAAGGAUAAACUCCAGCUCAGGGGAGGAGAGACACCAUGCUUUGGACGAGUAGAGAUCUGGCACAAUGGCUCCUGGGGAACAAUAUGCGAUGAUUUAUGGAAUCUAGCAGAUGCUAAUGUGGUUUGUCAGCAGCUGGGCUGUGGCUUUGCUCUGGCUGCCCUGGGAGAGGCUACAUUUGGGCCAGGAAAUGAUACCAUCUGGCUGGAUGAUGUGCAGUGUGCAGGGACAGAGUCCUCCCUGUGGGACAGCCCUGAAAAGCCCUGGGGGCAGAAUGACUGUAAGCAUGAGGAAGAUGCUGGAGUGAUGUGCUCAGGAUAUACCACCCUCCUGCCAAUUUCCAGACGAGUCACUAAGACAGUUCCUGCCUCUUUGAACUUGGGCUUGUUCUCCCUGCCUGGGAUGCUCUGCCUUAUUUUAGGGGCCCUUCUCUUCCUGGUCCUCAUCCUCCUAGGGAUUCAGAUGCACAGAGUGAGAGUCCAGCAAGAAGCUUUGUCCAGAUAUGGAGAUUCUCUUUAUGAAGCUGUGUACCAAGAGAUUGAUAACCACCUGACACGGGGCAAGGAGGACCUUCUGAGCAGCCCAGAUAUCUCAAAUUGGCCUGAUGAUACCCUAGGGGAUGGGCAUGAUGAUGCUGGAGAAUUAUCUGGGCCAGAAAUUCCCCCUGUCACCCAGAUGAAUGAGGGGAGUACUCUGGGACCUACCAAUGAAUGGGAUGAGUACAGGGAAUCAUACACAGGGCAGUCUUCUAAGUUCUCUGGAGAGUCCCCUAACUCCAGGAUGGGAGAAGAUGACCUACCAAUGUCCUCUGAAGACCUAGGGUAUGAUGAAGCUGAGACUGGUGACCCUCAAAUGCCACUUUAAGACCAUCAGCAACA